CACUCCUUCGAAACAAGCGGCAAUCUCAAAUCGGGAACCACUUCUGUGCCCCUCCAAGGAGCGGACAAACGCACCUCGCAACGUUACUCCAAUGUCAAUCUCAUCCUCUAGUAUGUCUUAAGGUGUAAUGGACGGCAUGAACGUGGAAAGACGUUGUGCGCGUCGAGCCGUUGGCCUUUGCCACGGCAUCUUAUCACAGAUAAAAUCAGGUCGGCAUGUUCCGCGAUCCGACAUCGACAACGCACUAUGCGUCCUGCAGAUGUACGAGGAGAUGUGGGGAUAUCUGGACGAUGACAGGGAGUCGGGCGUAGCCGAUUGGAGUAUUCCGUUUGAGUUCAAUCAGAGCAGAUCCCAUCCGUUGGGACAGCGAACAAUAGAGGGACAACCUCAGGCGGAGACGGGACAGACAGCAGAUCCAAACAGGAAGCAAUCGCCGCAUCUUCCGCCGGAAGUGCUCGCCAGCAUUUUUGCGCAUCUUGAUGCCACCCCGACGAUCGCGCACAAUGAGGAGUCCGGGCAGCAGAACAAGCGAACGCAGAGAGACCUUCUCGCCUGUUGCUUCGUCAACAAAGCGUGGAAAGCGAUGGCUGCCCCCUUCUUGUGGAAGAACCCCCGAUUAUGGUCACCGCGAGGUCUCUUCAAGCUGGUGUACUGUUCGCGGAUAUCGAGGUUCAGCUUCAAUGGGAAUCUCGGCACCGAGGUCCGACGUUUGGAUACCAUGGGCCUGCAGCUGGAGGAGCCUCUCCACACACCGCUCAUUCGCAUCAUGGCAUCGACGUUCCCGAACCUGGAGAUGCUACGUUUGGGCAUCCGGAACUUUCAUCCAAACACCAUCGAACACGUUUUCGACCUCUGUCAUGAUAUUCAAUGCUUUGCCCUGCGCGGCGACCCAUGCAUAUCGUUUGACGUGUGGGGAGAGUCGUCGGUGCCACAUUUCAUGGCAGGCAUGAAGAAACUGAGCGCAUUAUGCUUGCACAAUGUCGUAUGUGAUGCACAAUCGAUGCGAUUCUACCAUUGCGUCCUCAGCUCCAUGACUAGCACAUUGCGACACCUGAAUAUCGGACGGACAUGGGUCGGCGAUGAGAUUGUCACUGCAUUUGCGAAGUGUUGCCCUCACCUCCAAACAUUUAUCCUGGAAGAGAAUUCAGCGCUAACCGACGUCGGCAUCGAAGUUCUCGCCAUGUCCUGCCGCGACCUCCGCUUCGUCAAGCUCCGAAACUGCAUACACGUCGGCGACGACGGAAUCACCGCGCUUGUCAAACGUUGCCGCAACUUGACGGUGCUCGGGAUCAGCUACACGCGCUGCACGGACGCCACGAUCCAAAUCAUCGCCGAAAGAUGCCAGCAUCUUCACACUCUGUUUAUGGAGGAUAUCCUCCUCGAGUCGGAAGACACGAUCAUCAAGAUGUUGGAGAUGCGGGGAAAGAAGCUGACGACGCUGGCUAUGGCUUCUACCGAUGUCAUCUCGCAGGCCACGGUGGAUGCGCUCAUCUCUUACUGCCCUGAACUGCGAGAACUGGAUCUUGCCAGUUGCGGAUCCGAUAACCUGGCAAAUCCAAUCACGGAAGCGUCCAUCGAUAGGUUGGUCGACAGCUGUCCGAAGCUUCGCACGCUUUUGGUCUGUGGCGUGGAUGGCAUCUCGGACGAGUAUCUUGAUAAACUGUCGUCCCGAUUGUCCACAACACAAUUCUGGCUUUCGCCGCCUGAUGAGCUCACUGGGUGGAUCGAAUAGUUUCGGAACCCCUUCAAUUUGUCAUUCCAUCUGUAGUUUCGUUGCUCUUGAACCAUCGAGAACUCGCAAUCAUCCACACAGUUUGGGGAGGCGAUGCCAAUGUAUUUUGAUCUAGGCUCCAUAGUGUAAAUUCAACGCAAGCGCAUCAACGAAAGUGAAUCAAGCGUCAGAAGCAUUCUGUUUUCGGCAAUGCCCGCUAUAGUUACACGUAAAUCAUUAUGCACAUAG